UUUACAGCCCUUCUUAAAAGUGCAUUAGUUGAUUAAUUUUCCUACUUAAUCCUGUUUCAUUAAGAAACACAAUGUCUGCAACAGUUUCCAUGCAAUCAAUCUUCACAAGCUCUGUAGCUUACGGAGUUGGUAAAAGCAAAGUGAACCAGCUGAUUGUUCCUGCUAAUUAUCCAGUUACUCUACGUAAGCAUGUUCACAUGAGAGUAAUCUCCAUGGCCAAGGAUGAUCAGAAGGAGCAACCAACCACGUAUGCAUCAGAGAAUUUAGAACCAGCUCCUUCAUCACCUUUACCUCCUCGUCCUUCUCCUAAGGUUACCCCAAAGAUUUCAGACGUGCUUGCAUUUAGCGGGCCAGCACCGGAGAGAAUCAACGGCAGGCUAGCAAUGGUGGGAUUUGUUGCAGCUCUAGCAGUGGAGCUAUCCAAGGGUCAGGAUGUGUUUGCUCAGAUAUCGAACGGUGCAGGGAUCCCAUUGUUUCUUGGCACCAGCAUUUUAUUGUCAGUGGCAUCCCUGGUUCCUUUGUUGAAAUGGGUGAGUGUGGAGUCUAAAUCAAAGGGGCUCAUGACUUCAGAUGCUGAGUUGUGGAAUGGAAGGCUGGCAAUGUUGAGACUUGUAGCUUUGGCCUUCACUAAGGAUGUGAAGGGUGGGACCCUAGUGUAG